AUGUGGGACUCCAUUGAAGAUAUUUCCAUAGAACCUAUUGUUCAUUAUGUGCCAAAUGUGUAUCAGCAUAUCCUUGCUUUGGUGUUUGCUGUCAAAGAGAUCAAUAAGAACCCUGAGCUCUUACCGAAUAUCACUUUGGGUUUCCACAUUGUGAACAACUACUUCCCUGCAAAGAUAACCUAUAAGGCAAUCCUGAGCUUACUUUCUACACAGCAGAAGUUUGUUCCGAACUUUACCUGUGAUUUAAAGAAAACACUUAUUGCUGCCAUUGGAGGACGUAUGACGGAAACUUCAUUCACCAUGGCCACAGUUCUUGCCAACUACAAGAUUCCACAGCUGACCUUUGGAACAUUUUCUCCAAUACAUGGUGAGAAAAAUGUAUUUCCAUCUUUGUACCAGAUGGUCCCAAAUGAAAUGCAUCAAUUCACUGGGGUUAUUCGAUUACUUCAGCAUUUUAGAUGGAUAUGGAUUGGUAUCUUGGCUGUGGAUGAUGACUAUGGGGACAUGUUUUUGCAGAAAAUUGAACCGUUGCUUUCUGAAAACAGUAUUUGUUACGCUUUCAUACUUAGAACACCACCAAAGGCAUAUCUGGAUGAAUAUAUACAGUUGAUUACAGUGGAGUUAAAAUAUGAUCAACUCUUUAAAGAGGAUAAAGUCAAAGUGUGUUUAAUCUAUGGACUGAGUCCAGCCAUGGAAAAUCUGAGAAUGAUUGUCUUUGUAGCAUCUGUUUUUUCUUGGACUCCUUUGGGUAAAGUGUGGAUUGUUACAUCCCAUUGGAAUUUUGAAUCAUUGUCCAUUCAGAGACUUUGGGAUAUACAGACUUUCCAUGGUGCUAUAUCAUUCACAGUUCGUUCAAAAGAACCACCUGGAUUCCAAGAAUUUCUUCAGACUAUAAGGCCAUCCUGGGCAAAAGAAGACAAUUUUAUUCAGAAUUUUUGGGAACAGGCAUUUGACUGCCCAUUACACAUUUCCAGUAUAAAUGAAGAUAACCAGUUUAACUCUUUCUUGAAAAGCAUCGUAUUCAACAACAGUAUGGGAGACACUAUUACAUUUAAUGAAAAUAGAGAACUGAUUACGGGUUUUGAUGUUGCAAACUGGAUUACCUUCCACAAUAAUUCCUUUUCUCGAGUCAAAGUUGGAACAUUGGAACCUCGGGCUUCACCAGGCAGAGAAUUAACUCUUAAUGACAAUCAAAUUGUAUGGCACAGAAGCUUUAACCAGGGUCUUCCUAUUUCUUUGUGUAAUGACCACUGCUCUCCAGGCUCCAGGAGAAAGAAGAAGGAAGGAGAGAAAUUUUGUUGCUAUGAUUGUGUGCCAUGUUCAGAAGGACAGAUCUCUGCUGAAACAAAUAUGGAUGUCUGCAUGAAAUGUCCAGAAAAUGAAUAUCCCAACAAUAUCCAAAAUCAAUGUAUUCCCAAAGUGUUAACCUAUCUUUCUUAUAAUGAACCUUUGGGAAUCCUCUUUGUUACAUUGGCUAUUGUUUUCUCUUUGAUUACAGUCUUCGUGCUUGGAAUAUUUUGGAGGCACCAAGAGACUCCAAUUGUCAAAGCCAAUAACUGGAGUCUUACUUGUAUCCUCCUCCUUUCCCUUCUUCUCUGCUUCCUCUGCUCCUUCCUCUUCAUGGGAAGACCUGAAAAGAUGACCUGCCUUCUUCGACAAACAACUUUUGGCAUUAUCUUCUCAGUGGCCCUUUCAUCUGUAUUGGCAAAAACCAUGACUGUCAUUCUGGCAUUUAUGGCAACCAAACCAGGCUCUGGAAUGAGGAAAUGGGUAGGGAAAGGACUGGCCAAUUCUAUUGUCCUUUUGGGUUCCUUCAUCCAGGUGGGAAUUUGCACUGUUUGGCUGAAUACCUCUCCCCCUUUCCCAGAUAGAGAUAGGCACUCACUGAAGGGAGAAAUCAUAAUGGAAUGCAAUGAGGGCUCAGUGAUCAUGUUUUACUGUGUCCUGGGUUACAUGGGCUUCCUGGCUAGUGUUAGCUUUAAUAUUGCUUUCCAAGCCAGGAAGCUGCCCAGUAGUUUCAAUGAGGCCAAGUUCAUCACUUUCAGCAUGUUGGUCUUUUGCAGCGUCUGGCUUUCAUUUGUUCCAACCUACCUAAGCACCAAAGGGAAAUACAUGGUAGCUGUGGAGAUCUUCUCUAUCUUAUCCUCCAGUGCUGGUUUACUGGGGUGUAUAUUUUUUCCCAAAUGCUAUAUCAUUCUAUUGAGGCCUGAGAUGAAUUGGUAUUACAGAUAUCGUCCAGGAAAUAUUAUCAUUGGGGCAAUAAUCUCUCAAGUCUUUGUUUUUCACAACAGCCCUUCCUUCACAGAAGAUCCCUCUCGGAUGUUGAUCAAUGAAGUGAUUUCUGUGCUUAAGUUGUAUCAGUACAUCCUUGCUUUGGUGUUUGCUGUCAAGGAGAUCAGUAGGAAUCCUGAGCUCUUGCCGAAUAUCACAUUGGGCUUCCAUAUUCUGAACAACUACAUUAUUGCAAGGAUAAGCUAUAAGGCAAUGUUGAGCUUACUUUCUACACAGCAGACGUUUGUUCCCAACUUUACCUGUGAUUUUAAAAAAUCUUUAUUGCUGACAUUGGAGGAUGUUUGA